AUGAACAUCGAUUGGUUUCAACCUUUUGAUGAGGUCACUUACUCCUGUGGUGCAAUAUACCUUUGCAUCAACAACUUGCCAAGAUUGGAACAGUACAAGAACAAGAAUGUUGUUCUCGUUGGUCUCAUGCCAGGGCCCAAGGAAGCAAAGACAAGUGAGAUCAAUCACUACCUCCGUCCCCUUGUCACAGAACUCAACCAGUUGUAUGGCGGUGUGGUGAUGCCUACCAUACAGUGCCCAUCUGGUGCUCUUGUCCAUGCUGCCCAUCUUCUUGUUGCCUGCAACAUUUCUGCUGCCCGUAAGACUUGUGGGUUCACCUCUCAUUCAAGCACAUGUGCAUGUAAUAAGUGCAACCAACAGUUCCCUCACCUUCCAGACUCCAAUGCUGUGGACUACUCUGGGUUCAUGUUUUCUGAGUGGGUGCCUUGCACUGAUGCCAAAAACUGUCGUGAUACCGAGUUGUGGAGAAUGGCUAGCAGUGAUGCACAGAGAAAGAGAUUGGAGAGGAAAAAUGAUGUUCGAUGGUCAGAAUUGCAUGACCUGGUUUACUUUAACCUUGUGGAGUGCACUGUCAUCAGCCCAAUGCACAACCUGUACCUCGGAACAGCAAAG